AUGUUACAUGAACUAGCGGAACAUAUUCAAGAAUAUCUUAUUCAACGUAAACCUGAAUGGAUGAAUGAAAACCUAGUGACAAUCCUUCGAUCAACUUGGUUGAUCCCUACGUGUAAUACUAUUAAACAACUUUGCAUCGAAAAGAUUUGUGAUGACCCCUGGUUGCUAUUCGCGUCAGAUCAAUUUUAUCGUGUUGAAGAAGAAAUAUUGAUCGCUAUUCUUCAGCGUGAAGAUUUAAACUUACCAGAAGUGUAUAUAUGGAAUAAUGUAAUAAAAUGGGCCACUGCUCAAUUGGAUGUAGAAUUAGAUUCUGAUGUAUCAAAAUGGAAUUUAGAAGAUUUUGCUUUAUUGAAAGGGAAGAUGAAUAGAUGCCUUCUUUAUAUAAGGUUGAAUAAUAUUGAUAUGGAAGAAUACUAUCGUAAAGUUCGACCUUUUAAGAACAUCUUCUCAAAAGAAAUGCAAGAGAGAAUUGAAGAAUAUUAUUUUACUGGUAGAAAAUUGGAUAUAUUUUAUAAUCCUAGAUUACCGUUUAUUAUUGACUCCUGUCUGAUAAAGUAUGAACAUGCAGCACUUAUCGCUCAUUGGAUUAAUCGAGGAGAAGGAAAAGUGGCAACGAGAGAAAAGAAUCCAUUUAAUUUUAGGUUGUUGGUACGUGGGAGUGAUCAUGGAUUUUGUGGUGAAGUCUACGAUCGAAUUAGAUUUGAAUAUCCCGCCUUAUUAGUUUUGAUACUUACUGAAUCCGACGAAAUGAUUGGAGGUUAUCAAAGAAUAAAUAGUAAUUAUUGGAGAAUGUUUGGAUAUGAUUAUGAUCGGGAAAGUUUUUUAUUUCGUAUUAACCGUGGGAAUGUUAAAAGAUCUGUUAUUAGUCGCGUUGUACAUCCUUCACAUGCUGUAUAUAACCAAUCAGGGUGGGGACCAUGUUUUGGAGAAGGAGACUUGUGGUUAAAACGUCAUUUUCGUGAUCCCACAGAAUGCGUUUGUAAGAAAGCUUCUUAUGAAGCCCGGAUUGCACAUGACGAAUCUUUUAUAGUAAGAGAGUAUGAAAUAUUCGAAGUCACAUCAUCCUGA